GAUCAGAAAAAGUUAUAAAUAGAGGUGGAGCAUUCGAUUGUUUCUUCGACACACAGGCGGAGAGAGGAGCAACAUGGCGUCGACAAGCCGCGGAGAUGGCCUGACCCUUCCAAGAGUUCAGUGUCCCAACCACCCUGAUGCCAUACUGGUGGAGGACUACAGAGCAGGAGACAUGAUCUGCCCUGAAUGCGGCCUUGUAGUAGGUGACCGUGUUAUCGACGUAGGCUCAGAGUGGAGAACGUUCUCCAAUGAGAAAGCCCUCAAAGAUCCCUCCAGAGUGGGAGACGCCCAGAACCCGCUGCUCAACGGGGGCGACCUCACCACCAUGAUCAGCAAGGGAACCGGCGCAGCUAGUUUUGAUGAAUUCGGUAACUCCAAGUACCAGAACCGGCGGACCAUGAGCAGCUCUGACCGGGCCAUGCUCAACGCCUUCAAAGAAAUCAGCACCAUGGCCGAUCGCAUCAACCUGCCAAGGAACAUCAUCGACAGAACAAACAACUUAUUCAAGCAGGUUUAUGAACAGAAGAGCCUGAAGGGCCGAGCCAACGAUGCCAUCGCCUCGGCCUGUCUCUACAUCGCCUGCAGACAAGAAGGUGUACCGAGAACAUUCAAAGAGAUCUGUGCCGUCUCUCGGAUCUCCAAGAAGGAGAUCGGAAGGUGCUUCAAGCUGAUCCUGAAGGCGCUCGAGACCAGCGUGGACCUCAUCACCACCGGAGACUUCAUGUCUCGUUUCUGCUCAAACCUGGGUCUGCCCAAGCAGGUGCAGAUGGCGGCCACCUACAUCGCCAGGAAGGCCGUGGAGCUCGACCUGGUGCCCGGCAGAAGCCCCAUCUCAGUGGCUGCAGCCGCCAUCUACAUGGCCUCCCAGGCCUCCGCAGAGAAGAAGACCCAGAAGGAAAUCGGGGAUAUCGCCGGUGUUGCAGACGUUACGAUCCGACAGUCAUACCGACUCAUCUACCCACGCGCUGCAGAACUCUUCCCUCCAGACUUCAAAUUCGACACACCUGUCGACAAGCUGCCCCAACUGUGAAGACGUUUUUCUGCUGUACUUACAGGAUUGUAUUCUCUUUAAAAAAUCACGAUUGUGUUGGGUUUGGAAGAUUUCCCUUGUCCCUCCUCAGACUUCUUGCCUUUUGUCGAGGCGUCCUCACAGGAAUAAAACGGACACAUUCCAGUGCUUAAUUAAACAGCUUGCAGACUGUUCUUACAGUAUUUCAUUUGAGUGUAUAUACUGAAUCAUGUAUAUAUGUCCAAGUUGGAAAAUGUAAUUGAUGCUUGCAAUUUUAGGCUGGUUUCAUACUGUAUACAUAAUACUUUUGUUUUUGUAGAAAAAUGACCUGGUUCGAAUUGUUCCAAGUAAUUUAAAAGAUUUUCAUUAAGGCAUGGUAAUGAGCUCAAGGUUUGAAUAACAUUAAAUAUUUGUUUACAUUGAACCUGUUUUACUACUCUGGUCUUUCAAAGAUUAAAAACUCUUUGUGAGCUCUGAAACACAUCGAAACUUCCUCACAAUGAGUUUCGAGCGUGAACAAAAGGCAGAUUAGUUUCUAAACACCCAGAGUGUAUUCAUUGACGGGUACAAAUAAAAGCAAAUCCACUAUUACAAAUGUUUAAUUUGUGCAUUUAUGAUGGGCAACUGCAGAAAUGCCUUUUUGUUUUGUUUUUUACACCGGUGAUUUGCAACAGUUGUGACUGAGUAUUUGUGUACCAUCUAUAAAGUCUUCUUCUGUUCUGGCAACAUGCACAAGCAAAGAAUAAAAAACAACUUUGUACAA